GUGCCACUAUUUACCAGCUCCGCCCCAGGUCUCCCCUCCCAGCCCCGCCGACGGGCAGCGCGGUGCCUGACGGGAGCUGUAGUCUUGCCUCGCCAGCCGCAAGCCCGCUCACCGUUGCCUCUAGGGAACGGUAGUUUCUGGUGCUGACGAAUGGCGCACGGCCUGCUGGGAGCUGUAGUCGGUCGCAGUAGUUGUCUCCCUCCCCUCAGCGGGAGGCUGCCAUCUUGGUUUCGGCGGACCCGUAGAGCUCCCCAGCGGGUUUCACCUCCCCGUGCCCCUAUGAGGUGAUGGACGGCUCUUUCUGUAGUGAGAUGAAGCGGCUCUUCUGUUCUGUUUGCUUUUUAGUGUGAGAGAUGUGUCCUUGUCUUCCCUGCCUCAAACCGGCGGGACGCAGGAGGUGAGCGCCAAACUUUUCCCUUAACAAAAAUGGUGGCCGCAGGAAGAGGCGGGGGGUGCUGCCGUCUCCGGGGCCUGCUAAUCUGAAACCAUGAUAAUCUUCAGGUUCUCUUCAUCUUAAACAGCUGAACUUUGGAUCAGUUGCUAUUCAUAUUUUCCUUCUGUACUCCUUUAGGCUCUGGUAUUAGGUCAUAAAAGAGCUACUUGUUUCAAGAAAUACUAUGGAUGACAUGAAAAAGGUUGGCAAUAGCUCAUGCAGUGAUGGACUUCUACUUAGAAUGGGCCUUAAUGAUAACAAAGCUGGAAUGCAAGGUUUGGAUAAAGAGAAAAUCAAUAAAAUCAUCAUGGAAGCUACCAAGGGUUCUAGAUUUUAUGAAAAUGAGCUAAAGAAAGAUCAACAAGUUAACCAACGUAUUGAAAAAAUGAUGCAGCUAAAGGAGAAAAUUACAACACAACAGCUCUUGAAAGCACAGCUGCAGGUGGACAAAUUGGUGAUAGAACUGGAACGGAGCCGUAAUCUCAGCAAUACAAUUGUACACAUUGACAUGGAUGCCUUCUAUGCAGCUGUGGAAAUGAGAGACAAUCCAGAGCUGAAGGAAAAGCCUAUAGCAGUGGGGUCAAUGAGUAUGUUGUCCACCUCAAAUUACCAUGCUAGAAGAUUUGGUGUACGUGCAGCCAUGCCUGGAUUUAUUGCUAAAAAGCUAUGUCCACAUCUCACUAUAGUACCAUUAAACUUUGAAAAAUACGGCAAAGUGAGUAAAGAGGUUAGAGAAAUAUUGACUGAAUAUGAUCCUGGUUUUAUGCCUAUGGGCCUAGAUGAAGCUUACCUGAAUAUAACAGAGCACUUAGAGGAAAGACUGAACUGGCCUGAAGAUAAGAGAAGAUUCUUUUUAAGCACAGAAAGCACUACAGAAAAAGAUAAAGAUGAUACAAAGAGAUCUGCCAAAUCAAAUGAAGAUGGAUACUCUUCUUCACCAGUACUGUUUGAAGACAGCACACCUCUUACAGAUGACCACCCUGAACAAGGACAUAAAUCAGUGGAAAAUUCAGUUGUCUUUGGAACUUCUGCAGAGGAAGUUGUGAAGGAAAUUCGCUUUAGGAUUGAGCAGAAAACGCAACUGACUGCUAGUGCAGGAAUAGCACCAAAUACAAUGUUAGCAAAAAUGUGCAGUGAUCGUAAUAAACCUAAUGGGCAAUACAGAAUUGCUCCUGACAGACAAGCAGUGAUAGACUUCCUGAAAGAUUUGCCCAUCAGAAAGGUGCCAGGCAUUGGAAAAGUAACAGAGAAGAUGUUAAGAGCCCUUGGAAUUGUGACUUGCUCAGAACUUUACCAGCAGAGGGCACUGCUUUCUCUUCUUUUCUCAGAAGCAUCUUGGCGUCAUUUCUUGGAUAUUUCUCUUGGUUUGGGUUCAACACAUUUGGAGAAGGAUGGAGAAAGGAAAAGCAUGAGCACUGAAAGAACAUUCAGUGAAAUAAACACAGCAGAUGACCAGUACAGCUUGUGUCGAGAGCUAUGCAGAGAUCUUGCUCAGGAGCUACAGAAAGAGGGACUUAAGGGUAAAACUGUUACCUUGAAGCUAAAGAAUGUGAACUUUGAAGUAAAAACAAGAGCGUCAACCGUGCUGUCUGCUGUUUCUACAGAAGAGGAGAUAUUUGCUGUUGCUAAAGACUUGUUAGGAACAGAAAUAGAAAGUGUUGCUCCUUACCCUUUGCGGAUAAGACUUAUGGGUGUACGAGUAUCAGGAUUUCUAAGUGAAGAAGAAAAGAAGUACCAACAAAAAAGCAUUAAAAGUUUCUUAAAAUCAGAAAAAAGACCUGGUUUUCUUAAGCUCCAGACAAGGAAGUCCAGCCAAGAAUAUUUCACAAACAAUUCAGAAGCAUCUCCCAGAGGGAGUUUUUUUGAUAAAAAGCGAGCUGCAAGGCAAAUAGGCAGUGAGAAUGUUUCUUCAAAUGAAACUGUAGGUAAACAACUCCUUAAAGAGAGAAAAUCAUCAGCAAAUUUUGUGGAAGAAACAAAGAAGGUCACAGACUUACAGACUUCUGAUGUGUGUAAGAUGUUCACCUGCCCUGUUUGCUUUGAGGAGCAAAGCAGUAAUAAUUUGGAAGAGCUUAACAGGCAUAUUGAUGAGUGCCUCAAUGGGAAUCCUGUUAAAGACAAUGUGGGAAUACCCAAGAAAAACAAUUCAGGAGAAAAUACACUUAACUUUCUUCCACAAUUAAAAAAUGAAAAUGUUGAUGAAUUUCAAAAAAAUAAAAGAGAUCAAUUAGCAGGAGCAGACCAGUCUGCAAAUAUAUCUGACAGCUGUACUACCAGUAGCACAGAAAAAUGCACUCAGAUAGUAUCAGAUAAACCUCAUGGAGAAAAACAGCCUAUCAGUCUCAGUGACAGUUCUAGAAAGGUGUGUAUGGAACAGGGUUUCUUCCCCAGAAGAACUUCACAUGACAGUGAAGACCAUUUUGAAAACACUGAACAUACAGAAGAAACCAGUUCAUCCUGUUUCUUUGAAGCCAAAGAAGACAGUGUUCUUGUUUGUCCAGUUUGUAAUUCAGAACAGAAAACCACCAGUCUUCUGUCAUUUAAUAAACAUGUGGAUGUCUGCUUAAAUAAAGGCCUUAUCCACGAGCUGACAGAAAAAAAAGAUUUGCCUACAAAGACUUACGACAUGGAAAACUUGAACAGAGUUGGAGGUUUAAGUAGAGGACAGCAACGCACAAAUACAUCACAAGGAAAAAAAAGGUCUGGAGUAUCAACUUCACGGACAGUAUCAAAAAAGGCCAAGUCAAGCAAUUCCAAGCAUACAAUUGAAAUGUUUUUUAAAUGACUGUGUUUUCUAAAUGACAUGUGCUGUAUGAAAUAUUUCAUAGUGUUUUAUGACUGCAAAUUAAUUUAGCAUUGGUGGUUGGCUGGAUUCAGGUGCCUGUCACUUUGGACCCAUUGCAUGCCUGUAUGAAAAGAAGAUGAUUCUUGUGGAAGAAGAGGUGCAACCAAGGUAAUUCCGUUUUGAGAAUAAUACUUCUUUUUUUGCCCAGUUGUUUCCAAGAAACAAAAUUUGCUAGCACUUUGACUUUGUACUUAUUGAACAAAGGAAACUUUCAUUAGAGUCAUGAGCAGCCUCAUGUAUUCUCUCUGCUGUUCAGCAAACAGAACAGGGACAUCAGAGCUGCCUAUAGGGCAAGCUCCCUAGAAAGCAGGGACCACAGACAAGGGUGCCCCACUGUGCUUACUGAAGAUCCUCUUCCCACUCCUGACUGUCUUCUUCCCACUGGCUGUAAUGGCCAUGGUAGCUGCAGCAGCUCAGGCUGGCACUUCCUUGGACAAUUCAAACACCAAAUUUAAUUGUGUUACUAGCUGUGUGAUAACAAGAGCUGAAUUGCUUUAUUUCGUCUUACCAAUGUCUGUCUUCUCAGUAGACACAAAAAAUUAUUAAUCUUACAAUUUCAAAGCAUAAGAGGAAGAAUUUAGAACGCAGUCAAGCUUCCUUUUGUCACUGAAAGUGGCUUCUGUAAGCGCUGAUAGACUAGCCCUGAAGGACAAAUUGUGGUGAGAUGCAGGAUACCUUCACCAAUUUAAAAAUGCUAACUAACCUGUUGAUGAGAGAAGGAUUCCCCCAGGGUAGUUAGACAAUACCUUUUUGGUCCUUGGCCUUUCCAAAGAGACUGAGAACUUAAAUGUUCUCAACAAUUAUGAAAUUUUUACUGGUCAGUAGCACUAAACUGACUCUAAAUAAAAGGUCUAAUGGUGCAAUAAUAAUAUAAAUGAUGUGCAAAUGUGCAAGAUGAUGAACCUUCGUAUUGUUUACCUAUCCUUUUCUUGUAAAAUAUUUUGUAUUUCUGAAUAAACAAUAUUUCCUGAAUGGAAACGUGGAAGGAGGAAAUUGUAAAGUGCAAAUAUUUACUUACUAUCUUUAAAUAUUUAUCAGGUAAAUAAUUUAUGGUGGCAGUAUAUUUCUUAUAAGUUAUACAAACAAUGCCAAACCCUAUGUGACGUAUCAACUGCUUUUUAAUUGCAAAAUAUUUAGAAUAAGUGGCUACUAUAGAAGCAUCUGUCUUGCUUUUUAAUUGUAUUGAGAGUACUUUGGGGUUUGCUUGUUUUUUAAAGAAACAAAUGUGUAACUGCUAUGUUGCAGAUGCCCAGGCUAAGUCCAGAAAGUGCUUUUUUGUUUCCAAACUUGCUGGAAUGAUUCUACCAUCUCUACCUGCUCAUCUGUUUGUUUGCCAGAUGUCACUGUACCCCCAGCUCUGUCAUUAGAAUUCAUGGCAGUGCUUCCUUUUCUGCUCUGGACCAAGUCAGCUGGACUAGUUCAGUCCACGCACACUGACUCAGCUGAUUUUUUCGAAACCAGAUCAGUGAGCAUUCAUCAUGAGCCAUUCUGCUGACAGAGGUGGGAGCUGGAAAAAUUUGGUAGGGAAGACAUAAAAGCAACUGCAGGAACAAUGACUUAAGCUGUUUAGAAAGUGAACACAUGUCCCUAUAUUGGUUUGUAACUGCCUGAUUCAAUAAAGUGUAGAAACUAAGUAUUGCCUUGUCAUUGUUUGGUUUUUUUUUUCUUUAAAAUGUGUAUUUACGUAUGCACUACCUAGCAAAAAGUAUACUACUGUAUGUAUGUGAAGAAGUUAAAUUAGUUUGGUUU